AUGGCGGAGCAGCUCGACGUCGUCUCGAAAAAACCGAAAAGGAAUAUGUACGCUCUGCUCAUCUCUGUCAUGGCUUCCAUGACAUCCAUACUCCUAGGCUAUGACACUGGGGUGAUGAGUGGUGCCACGCUGUACAUAAAACGGGAUCUGAAGAUAUCGGACGAGCAGAUCGAGAUCCUUGUGGGGACCAUCAACAUCUACUCGCUGCUAGGGUCCGCCAUGGCCGGCAAGACCUCCGAUUGGAUGGGCCGCCGGUUUACGAUUGUGGUGGCGUCCGUGAUCUUCUUCGCCGGAGCCGCCAUUAUGGGGUUUGCCAACAGCUAUGGAGUGCUGAUGACGGGGCGUUUUGUGGCGGGUCUCGGAGUCGGGUAUGCCCUCAUGAUAGCGCCCGUAUAUGCGGCUGAGGUGGCGCCGGCCUCGUCCCGUGGCUUCCUCACUUCGUUCCCGGAGGUCUUCAUUAAUUUCGGAGUCCUACUCGGUUACCUCUCAAACUACGUGUUCGCCAAGUGCUCCCUCCAGCUGGGCUGGCGCCUGAUGCUCGGCGUGGGCGCCAUCCCCGCUAUCUUCAUCGGUUUCGCCGUGUUAGUAAUGCCCGAGUCCCCACGCUGGCUAGUGAUGCAGGGCCGUCUGGCUGAGGCCCGACGCGUCCUCGAGCGCACUUCCGACUCCGACGAGGAGGCCAACCUCCGCCUCUCCGACAUCAAAGAAGCCGCCGGCAUAUCCCAAGAAUCGGACGACUUCGUCCCCGUCCUCCAACGCCACGGCAGCGACAGUGGCCAGGGGGUGUGGCGCGAGCUCUUCAUCACCCCCACACGUCCCGUCCUCCACAUCACCAUCUGUGCCCUCGGCCUCCAAUUCUUCCAGCAGGCGAGCGGAAUCGACGCAGUCGUCAUGUACAGCCCUCGAAUCUACGCGAAGGCCGGCAUCACGAGCGACGACAAGCAGCUCCUCGCCACCAUAGCCGUCGGCGUCUGCAAGACCAUCUUCAUCCUCGUCACCACCUUCAUGGUCGACCGAAUCGGCCGCCGUGUCCUCCUCCUCACCAGCUGCGGGGGACUCACCCUCUCGAUGCUAACGCUCGGCGUAGGCCUCACUGCCAUCGAGCGCUACGGAACAGAAAACCUCGGUUGGGUCGUGAUUGUUUGCGUACUGAUGACUUACUCGUCGGUUGCCUUUUUCUCGAUGGGGAUGGGUCCGAUCGCGUGGGUCUACAGCUCGGAGAUUUUCCCGUUGAGGUUGAGGGCUCAAGGGUGUGGGGUUGGGGUGGCGCUAAACCGCGCCACGAGCGGGGUGCUUCUCAUGUCGUUUAUAUCGCUCUACAAGACGAUCACGAUAGGAGGGACUUUCUUCCUCUUCAGCGGGAUUGCGGCUGUGACGUGGGUCUUUUACUUCACGCUACUGCCGGAGACGAGAGGAAGGACGCUGGAGGACAUGGAGGCGUUGUUUGGGACUUUCUUCAAGUGGAGGACUACUAUGAGGGAGCUGCACAGGAAGGAGGCGGAGGAGGAGGAGGAGCUAUGA